AGUCGGGGUUCUGAUCGGCUUCCUUGUUAUUCUCUUGCUUCUGCCAUUGAGUUUCCUGCGGCUUUUUACAGUGAAACUUGUUUCCAUCAGUCUGGAAUUCACACAAAUACAAAUAACCGCAGUUUAAUUAAGCUUCUUUACUAAAUUGUAAAAAUCCCUCGGCGAUAACAGUAUCUAUUAAUGGUGGAGGAGGAGCCGCUCUUGAGUUAACAGCGCGGCGGCCAAUCAGCGCGGAGAUUUGCACCUGCCUCGCCACGCGGCGGCCAAUCACGGCGGGCCCCGCGGCAUGGCGAUCCAGGCGGUAAGCUCCAUGUGUUGAUCAUGUAGUCAACAUCGUGUAAGUGUCAACAUUACUAUCUAGGCUUCCUGUCCGCCUUUCCUACGUGUUGAUGGGAGCUUCGGGGACGUGCCAGCCCGUGUGAGCAAACCCGACGGAGUGUUCGUGCGACGCCUCGUCCCGCUGAGCCCCAGACGAGUGUGUGAGGAGAGAAUGCGGUGAGCGAAGCGAGAGCGAGUAGCUGGGCAGCGGCGCUACACUGCUGCUGCGGCUCCCGUGUGGCGGCGGACGGCGGGGUCAUGAUUCCCACACCCUCCACCGUCAUCCACACGCCCUCCCGCCCCAAGCUGGGCUUCUCCAUUGACAGUAUCGUUGGUCGUGGUGGAGUAGGCUCCCGGGGGUCGCCGCCCCCCUCCCCCGGGUCCCCCCGAGGGAGCCCCAGGCCCAGGAGUCCCCUGGGGUCCUUCAGCGACGUGCACAAGCCACAAGUUCGUAUCCCUGAACCCAUCCACCCGCUGGUGGCCACGUCGGUGCCCACGUCCCUGGCCCACCAUGUGACCGCGCCCGCCCUCCACUCCCUGCCGGGGCUGCACAUGCCCCAGGCGCUGCACUUGGCCACGCUGCUGCCCCACGGAGGAGCCCCGGGGCUGCCAGCGGCCAUCCCGCCUAUGUUGCUGGGCCAGAUGCCACACCUGGGCACCCCCCUACCCCCCGCGCCCGGCCCCAGGGAGUUCCCGCUGUACCCGUGGCUGCUGUCCCGACACUCGCGGCUCUUCGGUCACAGGUUUCCAGGUCCAGACUUCCCGUCCUUCCUGCUGCCCUUCCGCAAGCCCAAGCGGAUCCGCACGGCGUUCAGCCCGAGUCAGCUGCUGAAGCUGGAGCAAGCCUUCGAGAAGAACCAGUACGUGGUGGGCGCCGAGAGGAAGCAGCUCGCGCAGUCCCUCAACCUCUCCGAGACGCAGGUGAGUCACACCUGCCUUGACGCAGUGAAGGGGAGGUUUAGUCAGUUCAACAAAGUUCCGUCGCUUCAUGACAGGUGAAAGAUUUUUUUCUCAAGGUAACGGAGACUAUUUUCGUUAUACAUUCUUUAGAAAGCCAGGGGAGCGAUUCUUUAUAAGCUAACUCGCUACAUGGCGGCAAGCGUGUUUUUGUUGUUUCUUACGGUAAAGGAGACAGACUGAGGACCAAAUAAAAAAUAUAUAUAACAAUCGCAAGGAACUCUGUUCCUUCAAAAUGAACAGGGGAAAAGACAAAAAGUAGAUUAUCAAGCAAACAAGCAGCAACUCUCGAUCCUUUCCGUGGCGCCACACUAGAAAUAUCGUGACCGAGUGUUCAGGCGGCGAGCCUGGCAGCCCUGCGGAGGAGACACCGCCGUGCUGGCCUCUGCCCCGGAAUGGCCCUCAUUAACGAUGCAUGCGCUGCGUCAGGAACUGCCCUUUAAUUACAGUGCCUCCAAAUAUUAUAUUACAUGUUGAGGUCGUGAACCGUUGCUAAGCGAACUUGUUUAUUGCUCGUUAGCCAGCGUGAGGCUGAGACACAGUUUUGGAUCAGGAUGACGACUAUUAAUGAUCACGGGAAUAAUAAAUUAGUGCGACCCCUAAUUGGCGCCCCUCUGGACCCGCCGCUGUUGACAGACGCGCGGCCCAACCCACAGCCCUGGCAAGGCGGCUCUGUCCCCCCUUGUUGGCCUCAGCGCCUUUCAGCACAGCCUGUUCCGUGGGACUGUGGACUGCUGAUAACACUGUCUUGGCAAGGCGGCUUUGUCCCUCUUGGUAACUGCAGGACUCUCCGAA